CAGUUUACAACACGAAUUUAACUUGUUGCAUUGUUGGUCAUGCUUGGAAUUCUAGAUAUAAAAUUAUUUUAGGAUCAACAAGAAAAACUCUAUGAACGAGAAUUCUCUGACCGCCUUUCGAAAAUCGUGUAGUGUCGUAUUUUUUAAAUUUCUUUUUUUGUCGAGAGUAGUUCUUAUAUAUCAUCCGCUCCUAUUUCGCAUUUAAUGGAGAGUAAGACACGCUUCGAGGCGCUUUGAAAAUAAACGGGCGCGAGACACGACGCUCUACCGUGUCACCAUUUAUAAAAUCAUGAGACCAGAUUGUCGGGGCAAGCCUUCACCCUCUCGGCGUCGACACACGCUCGCCGUUCCGGGUGCGCACGACGACCCAGCUCCGGAGGGCUGAAGCCUGAAGCUCGGGCUGGCUAGAUAAACGGUCGCUCGAGAGAAGCCCGUGAUUCUCUUGGUGGGGAAGAGCUAGGAAUCAAGGGGCGGUCUCUAGGGGCGUGUCUGGUUCCCGGGCUCGAUCGAGACCCGGCGUGAGGGGCCCCUCGUUUUUCCAGUCUCCAGUUUCCAUCGAGACACCACGACGCGUGGAUCGGUCCGCGAGUAGUGACGACGUUCCUUGUCGAACGGAAAUAUACAAGGGAAUAUCCCAAGCGAAACUGGGGCCGUUUUUUCUCGUGAGUAGUACAGUGAUAAGUCGGGGACCAGUCCGUGGUCACGUUCGCGAGGCCGAAAGAGGAGAGAAAAUUCGCGAAGAUGAUGCACGCGAUGAGCGAGCACGCUGGUGUCGGCGUUUUGCCCUUCGACGGGAUGGGCCUGUACGAACAGCCGAGGCCACCCCGGCUAGUUUUCAAGAUGCCGCGCGUCGUACCUGAUCAGAAGUCCAAAUUCGAGAGCGACGAGCUUUUUAGGAGACUGAGCCGGGAGAGCGAGCUGUUGCACUGCACGUGUGAGAUGUGUAGUAACCCUCGGCCAAAUCCACUAGAUUACAACCUAUUUCGCGUCGCAGCCAAUCCGAAGUACAAAUUUGAGAAUAACGAGCUUUUUAAACAACUGCGCUUGGAGAGCGAGGUGAGAUAUACGGGUUACAGAGAUCGACCACAAGAAGAACGACAAGUACGUUUUCAAAAUGGCUGUCGAGAGGGCCACACCGAGAUCGCUUUUGCGGCGACAGGUACCAAUCUUCAGCUUGUUUUUGGAAAUGCAUCUGGGAAUUAUGCCGUCGAUCCCUGCGAUUGUGAUUUCGACAAGGAACAUGGAAAGGUUCACCUGCGCUCGCAUCUCAUCAUGAACGGCGUGUGCGUGAGGUGGCGCGGCUGGAUCGACCUGGACCGGCUCGACGGCGUGGGCUGCCUCGAGUACGACGAGGAGCGAGCCGCCGAGGAGGACGCUCUGCUACGCGAUCAGCUGGAGCGCUACAAUCAGCGGCUGCGCGAGUUCGAGGAGAAGCAGCGGGCCUACCGCACCGGAGCGGCCGCGGCCGCGCAGCCGCCGCAUCUCAACCAUCACUAUCACCACGACACCCAUCACGCGGCGAGCCAUCAUCAUCACCAUCACGGCCACCACAGUCGACACGUGGGUGGCGCGGGAGCGACUGGCGCCACCGCCACCGGCAUCGAGCCCCAUCUGCCGCAUCGCCAGGACCCCGAGAUGGAGGUGAGACUGCGGGCCUACUGAGGCCCGCGUAGAUCCGACUGCCCCCGAUGACGAUGAUGAAUGAUAACGACGACGACGAGAGAGAGAGAGCCCAUCCUUUUGUCCUCUGGAUCGAUAAUGUUAAGCGCGUCAACGUUCUAUUAGGUGAAAUAUCGUGAAAAUAUCGGGGAUAAUCGUGCAUUUCCCCUUCGUUUUUUCGCGUUCUUAAGAAGUUUAACGAGAGGCGGUGUUAUGUAUAGGUUUUAUCGGAUCUCGCCUGUUCUGCGACGCGUUUCCGUCAGUAUCUGUCAUUUCGCCUGCUGCAGCUGCUGCUGCAGAAUUAAAUGAUUAAACGCGAUGCAACGAGCAUAACGUAAUUAAUAUUGUUUGACAACGAAAUGUAAUAGUUAUGUGUGGACAAAUGCGCUUUCGUCCCGGAUAUUAAACGUGGAAUGUGGCCUUGCUUUCGUUUUAUUACGCUCGUAAAGAAUCGGUUACCUUGAACACAUUAGUUGCAUUUGGAGAAAUGCGAAAUUUUACGCAUUAAAAAGGUUUUUUACCUUUCUCUGAAUUUUAACAAUGCUCUCACAGCAGUCGUUUUAGCGCUAAGCGAGUUUCAUCCACGUUUCAUCCACGAGUUCAAAGUUUUUCAUAAAUACGUAAAUAUAUAUAUAAAUUGUAAUUAUAUAAAUAUUUAAUAA